CCCCACACUUCCACUGGCACACAUACUUGCCGUAAAAGAAAGAAAUGGAGUCUCCACUUCUCGCCGGAGAAACCAGCACCCUCCGCCGCCGCGGGGGCUUCAAACGCCGCUCCGAUGCCAUCACAUUCGGCUCCUCCUACCAGAAAGCAGCCGCCCUCGUCGACUUGGCCGAAGACGGCAUUGGCUUGCCGGAGCAGAUUCUCGAUCUCUCGUCUUUCCACAGUGCUGCCAAGUACUACUUCCUCUACAUGCGGUUCAACUUCCUCUGGGCUAUUCUCUACUUGCCACUCUUAAUCCUCAAUUUCCUUGAGAGACCUCUGUGGUGUGCUAGGUAUACUGAAUAUACUUGCAGUGACAGAGACUACUACUAUCUCGGCCAAUUGCCAUAUUUAACUGCCAUUGAGUCCCUUAUCUAUGAGGGCAUAACACUGAUUGUACUGAUGGUGGAUACUUUCUUUCCAAUUUCAUAUGUGGGAUUCCAUCUCUUUUGGAAAAGUCAUCUUACUAAGUUUAAGAUCAUAUGCCUGUUGAUUUUGGUUGCCGAUUUGCUGGCUUAUCUCCUCUAUUUGUCUCCAGUGGCCUUUGAUUCUCUCCCUUUCCGAGUUGCGCCAUAUAUCAGGGUCAUCUUUUUCAUCCUGAGCUUUAGGGAAUUACGAUCAUGCAUGCUCGUCUUGGCUGGAAUGUUCGGCACAUUUUUGAAUGUCUUGGCUUUAGGGCUUUUAUUUCUUCUGUUCUCCAGUUGGCUAGCAUUUGUCAUCUUUGAAGAUACCGACCAGGGGACAACAGUAUUUACUUCAUAUGGUACGACGUUGUAUCAGAUGUUUGUCUUAUUCACCACAUCCAACAAUCCAGAUGUCUGGAUACCUGCCUACAAGGCUUCACGUUGGUAUUGCUUGUUUUUUGUCCUAUACGUGUUGCUAGGAGUCUAUUUUGUCACAAAUUUGAUCCUUGCCGUUGUAUAUGACAGCUUCAAACUACAGCUUGUAAAGCAAGUUUCUGACGCAGACCAAACUAGGAAAACUAUACUGGAGAAAGCCUUUCAUUUAAUAGAAAAAGAUAAUUCUGGAUAUAUCAAUAAGGAUCAGUGCAUACAGUUGUUUGAGGAACUAAACAAAUACAGGACUUUGCCAGACAUAUCAAGAGAAGAAUUUGAACUAAUAUUUGGUGAGCUGGAUGAUAGUGGAGACUUCAAGAUCAAUGUACAAGAAUUCACUGACCUCUGUAACGCCAUUGCCUUAAGAUUCAAGAAGGAGGAUACUCCAUCUUUGUUUGAGAAGUUCCCUUCGUUCUACCAUUCUCCCAUCUCUGAGAAGUUGAAGGCCUUUAUUCGGAGCCCCAAAUUUGGAUACAUAAUAUCCUCCAUACUCAUAAUCAAUCUGUUUGCUGUUAUUGUUGAAACUACGCUUGACAUAGAAGAUAAUUCAGGUCAGAAGGUAUGGCAAGUGAUGGAGUUUAUCCUUGGGUGGGUAUAUGUACUGGAAAUGAUUCUGAAAGUCUAUUCGUUUGGGUUUGAGAACUAUUGGAUGGAAGGCCAAAAUCGGUUUGAUUUUCUUGUCACAUUGAUAAUAGUUAUUGGCGAAACACUUACUUUUGCUGCUCCAGCAGGACUAACUUUCCUUUCAAAUGGAGAAUGGAUUCGCUACCUUCUCAUUGCAAGGAUGUUACGAUUGAUUAGACUCCUGAUGCAUGUCCAGCGUUGCCGGGCCUUUAUUGCCACAUUCUUGACUCUCUUACCAAGUUUGAUGCCAUACCUUGGGACUAUAUUUUGUGUCAUGUGCAUCUAUUGUACACUUGGUGUACAGAUCUUUGGCGGGAUUGUUAAUGCUGGAAAUGCCAAUUUGGAAGCAACAGAUCUAUAUGACAAUGACUAUCUACUUUUCAACUUUAAUGACUAUCCAAAUGGGAUGGUAACACUUUUCAAUAUACUAGUCAUGGGAAACUGGCAAGCCUGGAUGCAGAGUUACAAGGCUUUAACAGGAACUUCAUGGACCCUUGUAUAUUUUGUCAGUUUCUAUCUUAUAACUGUCCUACUUCUGCUGAAUUUGGUUGUAGCUUUUGUGUUGGAGGCUUUCUUUGCUGAAAUGGAUCUCGAGUCUGCAGAACUUUGUGAAGAACAUGAGGAGGAGGUGGAAGGAGCAAAAGACCGUCGUCGAUCCAUAGGCUCAAAAUCACGGAGCCAGAGAGUUGACGCCCUUCUUCACCAUAUGUUGAGUGCAGAGCUAAAUGAAACGCAAUGCUCUACUGCAUAAUGUUAUUUCCUUUGUGUUACUGAAGGAACCAGAAACAGUGAAAGAAAGAGGCGAGUAGUUCUGGGAUUGUGAUAAGCAAAUUAAAAGUACGGAACUCAUUUCUUUCCGGUGGCCAAGGAUUAUAGGAUAUGUUGCUAAGGUGUAUAGGUUUAAUGGAGCGUGAUGCCACUAGGGCUUCAGUUCAUUCUUUCCUUUCGUUCUUGUGGAAAAGGGUCAAAAGUACAAAAAAAUUCUGUAAAGUCGUCCAUAAGUUGAACUCUUAUUAUCCCUUGUGUAAAAGUAAUUUGUGCCAUGAUUCAUUUUUCAUACAUAAAUUACAUAUUAGUGCAUACUAAUUGGAUCCGAA